AUGUCGAGUAAAAAGGGACGACAGGACCAGCACCAGACGCCGCAGACCACGCAUCUUCGUACGUUACACCCCAGCUAUCAAUAUCACUUAUUCCCCGAGCUUUCUAUAGCAGACGCUGACUCUCUAUAUAGUCGAGGAGGGCUCCCGUUUUGGAGAUCAUUGUCGUCGUCCUCCCGGCCGCAGAGCCCGAAUGUGUCGUCGUUCAACCAUAACACCGUUGUCGGGGCCUCCUAUGCCCAUACAGAUAUGUUGAAGGGUGUCCCUCCUAGUUCAAGAGCUUCUACACCAUCGCGGCCUUCACUCUCCCCAAGUUCAAACAGGGUCCGUGACAGCGGAAAAACUGGAAAAAGAACAUUUUCAUCACAGCACCCAUAUAGCAGUUUCCUCUCUCAAGGGUCUGGAGGCUCGGCUGCCGAUAUAGACGAUGAUGAUGACGGUGAUGAAAUAGGGUACGAGGACGAUGAGGACGAAUUCGGACUUCCAAGUGUUACCAACAUGCGCCGACAACGGGCCAAGCCGCCACCAGGCUAUAAUAUUCAGGUGAAGGCAACCCAGUCCACCCCCGAAGCAGGUAGUCAUGCAAAGGGUCCAAACCUGAUUCCGAGCAUGCACAGCAUGCGCCUCAGAGCGAACAGUGCAGACAUCGCAGAGGAACGGUCGAGUUUGACUUACCCUACAGCAAAUAAAUCAGAAGGUAAAAUACUCCGGCCGCAGUAUAAAGAUAUAUUAAAGGAUCCCGCAAAUUCUCUGAACUUGAUCAACCACUCCCCCCCACCACCUGGCGCCAGUUCAAAGGAGACAGAAGCUCAUUCUACUCGAAUAAGCCGAGUAAACAAAUUCAAGCGAAUACUCCAGUCCAGUACCGUAUCAUUGCCUGAGCUUCGUGACCUAGCUUGGUCGGGCAUCCCGGAAGAAGUCAGGGCAAUGACAUGGCAACUACUGCUCGGAUAUUUGCCCGCAAACAGUGACCGUCGUGUCUCAACACUAGAGCGCAAACGAAAGGAAUAUCUUGAUGGCGUACGGCAAGCUUUUGAGCGUAACUCGUCCAUUGGAUCAAAAGCUGUGCCAGCUACCUCUUCAACUCCGAACCUAGGUGGUGGAAGAGGGAUUGAUGAGGCAAUCUGGCAUCAAAUUAGUAUUGACAUCCCGCGGACUAACCCCCAUAUACCCCUUUAUGCCUAUGAGGCAACACAACGGUCACUUGAGCGAAUUCUGUACGUUUGGGCAAUUCGACACCCCGCAAGCGGAUAUGUUCAAGGAAUAAACGACCUUGUCACUCCUUUUUGGCAAGUUUUCCUGGGUUCAUAUAUUACUGAUUUCGAUAUCGAGCAAGGUAUGGAUCCCGGACAGUUGCCACAACCUGUGAUCAACGCUGUCGAAGCAGACUCCUUUUGGUGCUUAACCAAACUCCUUGACGGCAUCCAAGAUAAUUAUAUUUACGCACAGCCUGGAAUACACAGGCAAGUAAAUGCGCUGCAUGACCUCACGAGGCGCAUUGACUUAGCACUGACCAAACACCUCGAAAAUGAGGGUGUCGAGUUCAUGCAAUUCAGUUUUCGUUGGAUGAAUUGUCUACUUAUGCGGGAAAUCAGUAUAAAAAAUACAAUAAGGAUGUGGGAUACAUAUAUGGCAGAGGAGCAGGGAUUUUCACGGUUUCACUUGUAUGUUUGCGCUGCGUUCCUUGUCAAGUGGUCGGAGCAGCUGCUGAAGAUGGAUUUUCAGGAGGUCAUGAUGUUUCUCCAGGCACUUCCAACGCGAGACUGGACGGAGAAGGAUAUAGAGCUUCUCUUGAGUGAGGCUUUCAUAUGGCAAAGCUUGUUUCAAGAUUCAAGUGCGCAUCUCAGAUCAGGCGGCACUGCUGUAGAAAGGUCCCACUCAACUUCAUAG